UGGAGAGAGAAAUGCCCGCCUCUUCUAUUACUUGUGAUGCACCGAAGGCAGUCUGCGUGCGGAGUCACUCAGUCAUCGGGAGGCUGUGUGGAGUCUCAUCCGCCGGCGCAUCAGACGCUCCUCGUCUCCAAGCUGCGCAAAAACGCAGGGCUGCGCGCGAGCAGACAUGAGUCACGAGACCAAAGUCCCCAUUCGGUUUGGACUACUCAACCUCAAAGGUUUUGUCAGCUGGAGAUGAACUCUGAUGAGACAUGUCGGGCUUAGCGUAUUCACUGUAAAAGACUCGGCGUCUCAUGAGAAGUUUGUCAGGAGCUGGCUAAGGUUCCGACCGAUCUGCUGCUGAAACCGCCGGGUUCGUUCAACUCCACGGCUGUUGUGACGGAGGCUGAGGUGAGUUCCCCAUCAGCGCCACUCGCCUCUUUGCAAGAAUUCAAGCUGGAGGGUUGCAUGCCUCAGUGCCAAGAAACUGCAUUCAGAAGGAGACGUCUGCGAAGGAAACCCAAAGACAUAUCUGGAGGAUGGAGGACCGAGCUGAAGAGGAUCGCACGCGGCAGAACAGAGGCUGUGAUGGCACAGACAGGCAAAGUCACACCACUCCCUGCACAAGUCUGAGGAUAUUUCUGGUAGCGUUGUCCUUUGCUUAUUUUGCAAAGGCUUUGUCAGGAAGCUACAUGAAGAGCACAAUAACUCAGCUGGAGAGACGCUUUGACAUCCCCAGUUACCUUAUAGGAGUCAUUGACGGUAGCUUCGAGAUAGGCAAUCUGCUGGUGAUAGCUUUUGUGAGUUAUUUUGGCGCCAAACUCCACAGACCAAAGAUCAUUGCUAUGGGUUGUGUACUGAUGUCGAUUGGAACCUUCAUCAUCGCUCUGCCCCACUUUAUGAUUGGACGCUAUGAAUAUGAAACGUCAGUGCGGUGGGUUGAGAAUUCAACACUUAGCCCUGCUCCUUGUCGGGCGGGUUUGCCAGCAGAGCUGACACAAGACGGCAAACGGCCUCAAGAACAAUCCACAGACUGUGAAAGUGAGUCUAAUCUGUCAAUGUGGAUAUAUGUACUCCUGGGAAAUGUCUUGAGGGGGAUUGGAGAGACACCUGUUCAGCCUUUGGGGAUCUCCUACAUAGAUGACUUUACUACUGAGGAGAAUGCUGCACUGUACAUUGGCUGUGUCCAGACUAUCUCUGUUGUUGGCCCCGUGUUUGGAUAUCUACUUGGUUCCCUCUGUGCCAAGAUCUAUGUGGACAUUGGAUUUGUGAAAAUGGAGACCAUCACCAUCACUCCAGCUGAUUCCCGCUGGGUGGGUGCAUGGUGGCUGGGUUAUCUCAUAGCUGGAGUCAUCACUCUGCUUUCUGCCAUCCCUUUCUGGUUUUUGCCUCGUUCUCUUCCCGUCCCUGGGCCCCAAUUUCAACGGAAGGACAGUGAUGAGCAGAAAGGCUUCAUUAAGGACCACCCUCAUAUGAAAAACAAAUAUACAGCAGAUGAACAUACUAGUUUUAUAGAGAUGGCUAAAGACUUUAUUCCAACUUUGCGAACUCUGCUGGCGCACCCCGUGUAUCUGAUCUACCUGUGUGUGACUGUCAUCCAGCUGAACUCUCUCAUCGGCAUGGUCACUUACAAACCCAAGUACAUAGAGCAGCACUUCAGGCAAUCUGCCUCCAAGGCUAACUUUCUUAUGGGAGUGAUCAAUAUUCCAGCUGUGGCACUGGGCAUGUUUUCCGGUGGGUUGCUGAUGAAGAGGUUUAAACUAAACAUCAUGGGAGCAGCCAAGUUUGCCUUCAGCACUUCCCUGAUCGGUUACGUCCUGUCAAUGUUCUUCUUUGCUAUGAGCUGCGAGAACGCCAAGGUGGCCGGGGUGACGCUUUCAUACGACAAAAUUGAUGAGAUCUCCUAUGAUAAACACUCGUUGUUCACGGCCUGCAACAGAGACUGUGUUUGUUCUUCAAACGAGUGGGACCCAGUUUGUGGGGAGAAUGGCAUCACAUAUCUUUCCCCAUGUCUUGCUGGCUGCAGCACCUCUGCAGGAUUGAGAAAAAACACAGUCUUCUCUAACUGCAGCUGCAUUGGGGUGGGCGGUAACCUUACAGCCAACACCGGUCAAUGCCACGAGAAAGACGACUGCGACUCAAUGUUUCCUUACUUCCUCGCUCUCUCUGUCAUCUCCUCUUUCAUCAUCUCUCUUGGGGGAACUCCAGGCUACAUGCUUCUCAUCAGGUGUAUUAAACCAGAGUUGAAGUCUUUGGCGUUGGGUUUUCAUGCUUUGGCAACGCGCACCCUUGCGGGAAUCCCAGCACCUAUCUACUUUGGAGCAAUCAUUGACACUACGUGUCUUAAAUGGGGUCAGAAAAAGUGUGGAGGCAUAGGAGCCUGCAGAAUCUACAACACCACCGCCUACAGGAUAGCAUACCUGGGACUGACUCUGAGCCUGCGAACAGUUUCAUUUAUCAUCUGCAUCCCUGGCUUCAUCCUGCUAGGUCGACAGCUAAAGAAAGAGGAACAGGACGCCAUUCAUGCUUUGUCUAACGGCGGAACUGAACUGGAGGCACUCAGGAAGGAAGAGUGUGUGAUUUUGAACUCGGACCAACCACUGCAUACACCUGAAAACAGCACAGAUCGGCACACCCGGCUGUGACCAGCCAGCAGAACUGGCUCCCCCUGUUGGGCCGGCAUGUGCUUAUCACUUACAGAUCUACACCCAAAGUAUGUACAAAGUGACACUGUGCAGAUGCUCAAACACUAAUGAAAAUUGCAGGGAAUCAAAGUUGUCUUGUGUAAGACAGAAAAUUUAUAUUUGUACUACUGGGUGUGUAGAGGUUUUCUCACAGUAUACAAAUUUGAUAUAUUUCAAGAAUGUAUAUGCUCUGUUUAUUUUCCUUUAUUUGUAAUGCUUUAUAGCUGUAACUGUGGCUAAGAGAUUAGGCAACCUUCUACAAAAGGUUACAUUUAUAAACACCAGCAUUCAUUCAUCUGCCUCUGCAUAACUGAGGAAAAGUGGCCUUAUAAAGCAGAGGCACUACAGGAAAAAAAAAAUGAGAAGGUUGGGUUUUUGUAGAACUAGUUUUAUUUGUUGUUUUUUUUUUUUUUCAUGGGUCACAUGCCCAAAUAUGUGCUCAAAGAGUUUUAAAGGACCCACAACCAUUUCUGUGUGCAACCCAUGUUUGCUGACAUGAGUUUUUUUUUUUUUCAAAUAUAUUUUUUUCCAUUUUCUGAUCUCUCACUGUUAUUCCUUGUAAUAGUGUGAUGAAAAAAAUCAAUCUAUGAUCUUAAAUUUGCCUGGAAGUCAAAAUCUGGGCCUGAUUGUGUUACUAUUUAUGUCACGUGGUUCUGGAUGUGAAUUUUGGCAUAACUUUUAAAAAAAAAGAGAGCUGUGAUUAAGUGUUACACAUGAGUAGGCUGAUGUAAUCUCAAAUGAGGCAUCACAAUUGAAAAAUAAAAAAUAAUCACCGGUCGCACAAAUUUAUUAUCUUGAAAUGAUAUUGAAAGAAAUGUCUUAUAAGAACACAGAAUGUUAAGCUUUUGCAUUCAAUUGAUAUUCAGACAUGUUUGUUACCCAUCAUUGGUUACUUACUAUUGUUGUGCCUUUCAAGGUGCACCGUUUGUGUUUUUGCCACAAUGCAAGUUGUUGUAACAUCUCUAUGAGUCCUUGGAAAGAUGUCAUUCUUUGUGAAGUGUUGCACAGGAAGCGCUGUUGCUGCUUUGUAAGUAAGUCUGUACAAUCUGCUUCCACUAGUGUUUUACGUUGCCUGUCAGUUGUUUUUGGGAGGCUUUUUUGCAAUGUUAUGUUUUUCUUACGUGAUAGAAGUCAGUGGUGCCAAAAUUCACAAUCACUUUGUUUUUCCUUCCCGUUUUGCUGUCAUCUUGAUUCUCAUGUGAAGAUUGGUACCAAAUUAGAAUUGCCCUAUUAUCAAAUCAUUAAUUUGAAAUAAGUGACAGAACAAAAAAGAAUUAAAUCUUAAUUUUUUAAGACAUGAUUCAGGGUAACAUGUUGAACUAGAGGGAAAAUGUAAAAAUCCUGAUUGUCUUGCUUAACUCUUGUAUGUAAAUCUGAAUCCAAUCAAUCCCUGACACUUAAUCUUGUUUGAUUAAAACUUGUAAAUGCAGUUUUUAUUAAUCCAUUCACUUCAGUUUCAGAAACACUCGAAGACAAAGCAGUAAAAUGUUGAUCCAGCUUUGCUAGUGCAAUUUUUUUUUUUAAUGCAAACAUAUUUACAUUAAAGGGGACAUGUCGAGAUCAUGUGCUUGUAAUGCUAUAUUUGACAGUUCAAAAGAAUGCAAAAACCUUUAUCAAUACGUCACUGGGUACAGUUUACACUUUAAAUUUUGCCACAUAUUCAAAUCCGCUGUCAUUUCUCUUGGGGCACCCUGCUGAAGUGUUGCUGUGAACAGAAGUGUAAAAAUGUGGUUGUAAAAGGUGCUUUUUUACUGUUUUUAUGUGGGUCUUCAAAAAUAUGUCACACACUUUUCAUUAAUACCUCAGGAAGCUGUCAACUUUUGGAAAGAAAAAAAAGUGACAACAGUUAAGUGUUACUUGUUCUUAAUAUGUAACUGCAAAGACUGUGAUUGAUCUGGAAUUGUAUCUUUUUUGGUGGGGUAUUUAAGGUCUUUAUAUCAAAUAAAUUUAAAAGAAAUAC